UUUUCAGCGUCUUAUCAGCUGGUGGCCGAAAGCAGAGAGACUUGUUGCGCGGAUUAUAAACAAUAUCGGUGAAUAUUCAAUAUGCCCAAGCCAAUACAGCUAUAUUACGAUUUCCUGUCGCCCCCUUCCCGUGCCCUUUGGAUUGCACUGAAGUGGGGCAGGACCCCUUUCGAAGAUUGCCCCAUUGCCCUGCGUAAAUUCGAGCAGUUGACGGAUGAAUACAAGAAUAUAAAUCGUUUUCAGAAGGUCCCAGCCAUAGUGGACGGAAACUUUCAUUUGGCCGAAACUGUGGCAAUUGUGCGUUAUCUCUCAGACAAAGGUCAAUUCAGCAACCAGCUAUAUCCCAGGUCUGUGGAGGAACGGGCCCGUGUUGAUGAAUAUCUGGAGUGGCAGCAUUUGAACAUUCGAUUGGCCUGCUCAGUUUUCUUCCGCGAAGCCUGGCUUUUUCCCAUAAAUGGUCUUGCCCCAGUGCCAAAACCAGAGCAGAUUCAACAGCUCAUAAAAGACGUGGAAAUCAAUUUGGGCCUCUUGGAGGUUCUAUGGCUGGAAAAGGACUACCUGAUUGGGGAUCAUUUGACUCUGGCUGACCUUUUUGGUGCUACCGAAAUCAAUCAAAUUAAGCUUUGCCAAUAUAAUGUGAAUGAGAAACAAUUUCCGAAGGUAGCCAAGUGGCUGGAACGUGUCCGUAAUGCUACUAAUCCUUACCACGACGAAGCCCUUACUUUUGUGUACAAAAAGGCCAAACAGGCGGCUUCCGCCAAGUUGUGAGACUGAAUAUUUUCAAUGUAUUUAUAUACCUACAUUUGUAUGUAUUAAAAGUUUUUCGUGAAGAUUCUUUUUCAAAUAUAAAAUAUGUAUACCUUGCGUG